AUGGUUAUGAAGUCAACAAUCCUAUGGUAUUUCGUUCUUUCUACCUUAGUGGUAGCUACGACUGUAUUUUCGAAACAUAUCUCUGGUCUUGGUAAGUGCUAGCUAGUUCAAGAAAUUUAAAUACCGUUUAAAAAUGUAAGGUUGAAUUUAUGGAAUAAUUGUUAAAAGCUACAUAAAAGACGAAAUGUAAUUUUUUAUAUAAUUAUUUUCCUCGAGGUAGAACUAUUUCUCCUUUUUCCUUUUUAAUAAAAAGGUCUAAUAAUUAAUUUGUCUUUUAUGCUUAGCUGAAACUAUAAACCCCUUUCUUUCCUCAUAGAUCUAGCCCCGAUGUUCAAACGUUAGAUAGCGCUAUUUACCUGAUAAAUCACUGUUCAGUGGAUAAAUAUUAAGCAAAGCAUACAUUCAAGUCAUUACAUUAUCCACGGGCCAGUUAAUGACCGUGGUCAAACUUCUAAGGCGUUUUUGGUUUUUAAUGAUAGGAUUUCAUUAACCAGUACGUGCAAAAAUUGGCAAAGAUGUAAGAAUCAGUAAUUUUUCACGCAACUUUUUUUUUAUUAUCCUCAAAAUAUUUGAGCUUUUUCCUGUUAAAAUUGCUUUGCGCCAAAAGAAAAUCAUACACGAAAAUGGCGUUGAAAAUAACACCAGCUUCGGUUUUCAGGCCAACAAUUCAACUUUUCUGGCAAACUUUCAGAAAGUCUAGUAAACUAGAAGGGUAUUGAUAAUACCUUACACUUUCAACGGUGAAACGGUAGCUAUCUUAGCUUUCAAUACUUCGCUUAGCUUUUGCAAAUUUCUCUCGUUUGAUAGCACUGUACGUUACCUUUGAACAACUGAGGUCUUUUAUCUCUUGGAUUUUUCUUUUCUCGUUGUGUUAACUAAAAGAGUAUAUAUUCCUCCAAAUUAGCUCCAUUCUACCAACCACACCCCUCCCCCGAGAAGUGUGGAUAAGGAUUAUAAUAAUAGCAACAGCCUAAAAAAAAUCAGACGUCGAUGGAAUUAAAAAUAAUGCUAUAAUUAUAACAAUAAUGAUAAUGAUAAAGAUUCUCGUCCGUCACCUUUGCGCCCGGGGGAGGGGAGGGAAGGGGGUACUCCUGGGAAUUCUUGGUGGGGUAUGCCGCCCGCUUCUCUAAAUCCUGGCCCUAUUUCAGACCAAAAAUUGUAAUUUUCCACACCCGUUUUCAGACCAGACCUCUAAAAUCCAUACUCGUUUUCAGACCUGACCUUUAGGUAGUGAUUAUGUUAGUAUUACUUAGAUUAGAGCGCAAACAAAAAAAAUUCCUCAAAUUCGUUUCGAAUUCGCAUAUUUCUCUUUCUUUCUUACUCAUUUGGAAUUGAAACGAUAAAUACGUUCAUACACUCCCGUAGUUCCCUCGAAAACCAUACCCGGUUCCAGACCCAUUAUGGGCAAAAUGUAUACCCGUUUUCAGACCAAAACGGCGCAAAAACCCUACCCGAUGGGGCGGCACAUACCUAUAUUGCUUAUAUAAAGGAGUAUCCCUCCGGGCCUUUGCGAUACCGGUGCGAUGCUUUUCCAUGACUUAAUUCCAGGUUAGCUACCAAGCCAUACAAGACAACAAACUGAUUGAGUUCUAAGCACGUGAAUUGUUAACUUGUCGAUAUAAUGGAAAAUUGGUUUAUUAGCUCGUUAAUUUUUUUUAUUUUCAGUUUAUUGAAUUAUUUACCGCUACAGCAACCCCUCAAAAGUGGAUUAUUAGAAUACACUAGUUUUCUUCAUAAUACGCUAUUUCUUAACUGUUUAUGUAUACGAUUGAUUUUAGAAGAAUCGCAUACGGAAACGAAAGGAUCUCAGCUCUCCUCGCGAAGGAAAAGAAAUCUUCCACCUCCAUUUUUCGCAGGAAACGAGAAACCAGAGGGGCUCCCUGGUAUUUCUAAUGGGCAAGACACGCCUCAAACUCUACGUCCUGGCACUGCACCUUAUUAUUUUUCUCUCUUUGACAAAAGCACGAAUACUCCUUUUUAUUCAGCGUAUAAAGUUACUCCCGAUCAAGCAGUUAGACUUGGGACGUAUAGUAGAAAAGAUGCAAAUGGAAACUGGAGAGGCCCUAUAGGUAUGUAAAUAUUUAAUAAACAGUUCUUUGAAGAUUGAAUAGGGAGGAAUAAAUGCCUUUGCAUUAUUGUUUUUAGAAUAGGACCUCGAAAGCUUGUACACGAGCUAGUACACAUAUUUGGGGACGCGAAUUUCAUCAAAUGGUAAUUUUAAUGCCUUUAGUAGAAUAUUUAAAAGACAAGCUCUUCACGCUCUAUUCAGCUUACGAAAACACACAAACUUUAGCAAAUUGAAACCUUCUCUUGCUUGCAAAAUAUUUUAAGCGGAAUUUGGGGUGUAUAUGUAAAACAUAAUUUUGAAUCUUGGGACAAUACCCCAACUGAAAAAACCCACCUGAAAUUUUGCAAGCAUUACCUAGAAAUAAGCAAUCAAGCUUCAAAUGUUGCAAGUAGAAGUGAAUUAGGACGAUUGCCAUUAAUUAUUAGUAUUUACAAAAACAUCCAUCAUUACAUAUUGUAUCCUCUGCGUAAAAACGAGGAUACUAUUGUCAAACCAUCCUCGGAGACCCAGGGGCAGAUAGUGGGGGCGAGGGAAAGUCUAAACAGGCGGAAAAAUAUGACACAAAAGAAAAGUAAAGAACGGCCAGAAGAGCCCCUGGGGACAAUGUCUUACCAGACCAGUUCCAAACGGUUGCCGCCGUUGUGGCUUCUGAUUGGUGCCAGAAAAACACAAGUUUUCUGGCACCAAUCAGAAGCCAGAACGACGGCGACCGUUUGGAACUGGUCUGGUAAGACAUUGUCCCCGGGGGCUCUUCUGGCCGUUCUUUACUUUUCUUUUGUGCCAUAUUUUUUCGCCUGUUUAGACUUUCCCUCGCCCCCACUCUCUGCCCCUGUGUCUCCGAGGAUGUUGUUAAACAGGCCUUUCGUACCUCGCUAGAACUUCACUAUAAUGGUAAAAAUAGCUUUUACCAUAAUCAUAUCAAAAUAUCUGAAUAUUAUGAUCAUUCUAAGAAACUACACUUUUACAGCAUAUCUAAACAUGAUUUUAAAAUUUCAAGUUAUCUAGACUUAACUAGAAAUUAAAUCAACAGGAAAGACUUAGUGAAAAUUCGUACAAGUAACCACAAACUCGUGAUUGAAACUGGAAAUAUAAUCAAACUCCCCACAACGAUAGUUUCCGCCCUGUUUGUAACUCUGGCAUAAUUGAAGACGAAUUUCAUUUUCUCUUGUAUUGUUCAAAGUAUUCAAUCCCAAGUGAAAAAUUCUACAAUCAAACCCAACAAAAUUUUGUCGAUUUUAAUCAGCUAUCUUGCACAGAAUUAAUAAUUAACCCUCGGACGUAUACGCGAAGUCAUACCCCCACCGUGGUACAAGGGGGGGAGGGGGAUGGAUGGAACCCUUCCUUGCAGUUUUUGAUAUGUUGCAGUAUUUCGAAACGAUUUUACCUUUAGUGGAAAGCCUUUGAUCUUCUUAACAAGAUUAGGUAUAUUUCAUGGGUGGUGGCGCUGCUGGAGGCCUGUGACGUCAUCAUCAAUGGUCGCCACUUUGGAUUUUACUAAGAAUUAGAAAUCAGGUUAAAACCGUGAGAAAUGGUAAUUUUUUGUGCUUUACAUGAAAAAUAACACAUAAAUAAGCACUGUGCAUGAUUUUAGCCACAAGAUUGGCUUUCUUUGUUGAAAAAAGUUGAGAAAACGUGUACUUUCACUCAAAACUGGCCUUGACCACCUUCUGCUUAUGACGUCAUACCUCGUAACCAUAGCAACUAACCAUCACUGAAUUUGUCUCAAAAUGUGCGCGAGGGAUGAACGAACAGCUACUGAAAACGUCAGGUGUUGAUGUUUUAUCCUCUAGGAAAAAAACUCAAAAAAACCUUAUACCUGUAACGUUCGAGGGUUAAAUUGAUGAAUUCACAUAAUUUUUCUGUAAAUUCACAUUUGUUGAAAUUUGUUUCAUUAUGUAAUGAUUUAUCAAAUCAUACUGAUGGCACUUAAUAACUUGUAAUCAUUGCAUUGUAUCAUCAUUAGUAUAAAUUGUAACUGUAUCUUCAAGCUUUUGCAAUACUGUAACUAUACAUAUAGACAUGCAAAUAAAGCUUAAUAUGUUGUUGUUAAGAUAAUUAUUAGAAUGGCCUCUCUUUCGCAGGUAAGCUACUGGUCUUAAAAGCGUUGUAAAUAGGCUGGGAGCCGUAUUUAACCCAAAUGGAAGGCCUUAAAAGGCAAAUGUUUCGUCUUUCCAUUGGACGAAAAGGUACUUUUGUGAGGACUCGUACACAUGGACAGACAGAUAUACGUCCUUCAAGUCUACGCAUGUCAAAAAGUCUCCUUUUUUAGGAGGGUCUUUAAGUAAGAGAUGUUUUCCAUUUGGAAGUUGCAGUUUUCUAUAAACUUGUUGAGAUGGCUCAAGUAGAUUACAGGACGAUGAGUCCCUUUUUUUGGGGGGACUAAGAACAGUCUGCUGUAGAAAUCUUCCCUUGUAAAGGGUAUUUUCUUUAUUGCCCUCAAUGAUAGGGGCUUCAGCACUUCUGCACCUAUUGGAGGAGCUGUUAAAUCCGAAAAUUUUGUGACUGGAAUGCGAAGUUGAACAGGAACAGAGUGGAAUGGGAUUCGAUAUCCCAAUACAACGUUUAAAAUUUUUGGGUGUGCAGUUAUCUGUUUCCACUUCUAUAGAAAGUUGUUGAGUCUCGGUUUUGGGGUCCCUUGUGAGGACGAAAGGGCCGAUAGUUUUUUGAUCGGUUUAAAUACCGCAAAUGCUCGAAUUAGCGCCCAGCUUCAAAUAAGCGCCCCGCUUCGAAUUAGCGCCUCUCAUAAGGCUCAAAAUUUGUAAUAAGCGCCCCCCCCCCCCUCCCCCAGAAAAAAUGAGUUACGGUACUCGGUACGAUAUACGAGACGUAUACGGUCUAUACGGUUCCUUUAAUGAAAUAUGACAUUGUUAAAUAGUAUGAACAGUAAUGUCCUUUCAAAGUCGCACGGGUUUGCUUCUCAUUUCCUUGAUAGAAAUAUCCAUGUGAGCACAUAGCUGCUUCACUUUGUUAAGUUCCUCGUAAGACUUUGCUCCCAAUCGCCGGCUCCUUGUUACUGCCUUAAAAGUUCCUGGAAUUACGAGGCCAUUUUCGGUAAAGAUAGUGUCAGUUUGAGGCUAAAAAUUGAUAAACGAAAUAAGCGCCCCCCUUCGAAUUAGCGCCCGCCUGUCGCCUCAGAAAAUUAAAUAAGCGCCCCGGGCGCUAAUUCGAGCAUUUACGGUACUUGGUGAAGGCACCUGAGUACCUCAGGCGUGGUCUGUCCUCAUUGCUUACCUAAUUCUGGUAAGGUUGCUUAAGUUUUAAAGUGUUAAAGAGGUUCUAGGCUAGACCCCGUGACAGUUCUGCUUGCUUAGAAGCAACAGAGGGGAAGCCUUCUCCAAACCGAAAACGCUUGGCUUUGGGAAGUGGCUGUUCGGCCAGACUUAUUUUCUCUUUAUCAAUGUUAGCAAGGAUAUGUCUUCCGUCGAGACACACAACUGAUGAUUUGCUGAGCCAAAAACGCAGAGUGUCUGUUCGACGAUAAUCUUAAUUUCCUCUACAGGAACCUCGGUUUCUGAUGAGGGAGCGUCAUGAAGGGAACACAGGGGUCCUGUGGAGUUUUAAUAAGCCCUUUGGACUACGGCCAUCUCCUUGUCACGUUCUUGCACGUAUUUUUUUGUUUGUGAAGGGCUAAGUUGAUUAAUCUGAAGGGUCUAAGGUAGGUGUUAUGAGACAAUACACUCAAGGGAUAUUGCAAUUGUCCAGGAUUUCAUAAACCUGAUCAUAACUCAUUUUUCUACGGAAUUGUUUAUCUAAGAAGGAAGCCAGUUCCUGUCUGGGUUCCCAUGAGGACUGGGGAGAGUCAGGAUUGUAUAACGAUGAUUUGUUGCUGGCCACCUUGUGUGCUUGGGAGCCUUCGGCUGAUUGUGAGACGAUGGUCUCGUUUGAUGGCUUAAUUAAUAGCCUGGUGUUUUGGUUGAGUAGCCUGAGUUUGGGGCUCAGUGGCAACGGCACACAUUCUUUAGAAUAUAAAGUUCCCUAUCGGAAUAGGCCAGGCAGAACCGAGGUUUGGUCAUCAAGGAAUGGUGGCAGAUUUCCCGAGUGUUGCUCGAAGCGAGACUCCAUGGAGGAAACUCGGUCAUUGGUCUUCACCAUGUCUGUUUGAAUUUGCUGUAACCUCGGGGGACUACUGCUCGGCAAGUGCAAGCGUUCACGAUGGCGGGAAGGCGAAGAAGAGUGCUGACAUCAUUUCCUGCGUCAUGAAAGGUCGAAUCAGUUUGAAAACAAACAGCUUCGAAAGAUUUCCUCGCUAUUGAGGAGGUGUAGAUAUAGCUGAAAAAGGAAAGAAAAAGCGAAAAAAAAGUACGGUAAAGAUUCACUUACCUGUCGUGGUUUCGAAGCACAGCAGAAAAAGAUGCAGCGGAUAAUGGGACCAUGUGCUUGUGCAGAGGCACCAUGGGAUAACGUCAUUUGUUUUUUAACCUGUCCCCGGUCGGGACAGGCCUUUACAUGCGUUUAAAAGUGGUUCGAAAAUUCCACCUGAAUUAUACCUGAUGUCUUAAAUUCUCAUAUGUUUCGAACGGAGUUUUUUGUAGUCUAAUUAGAACUUAUGUCUGAGUUUACAAAUCUAACAGUUUAUGUAGUAAAGUUUUGUCGAAGAAUUGUUUUCGUAGAGAAAAAAUUAGCUUUAACAAUCUUCUCUUUGUAAUUUAUUUUGCUGGAGACAAUAAUCUUAGUGGAUCCUCAUUUCUUAGCAAUGGUUGAAUGUCUAUUGUUUUAAGUAAAUUAUAUGAGUUUAUUAACGGAAGCUUCGCUUUUAGGCUUACUUAAUCCGUCAUUUACUUAAUUACAUGAAAUUUUGGCGACACUUUAAGUUAGCGAAUUUAGCGAUUUUUCUAAAAUUGCUAAAUUAAAAUGCACCAAAAUUACGUGUCGCUAACUUUAAAUCGUUGCUAAAUUAAAAUGAGUAAAAUAUGAAAUUCCGCCAUCUGGUCAGUUUCACUUACAUAUGCUAUUUGACGGUCGAUAUUUGACGUGUAUUAUGGACUGUGUGACAAUUAAGCGGCACUUUAAUUUUGCGAUUUAUCGUAAAUUAUGGAAUCUAAGUCACUUUAUUUUCGCGACCUCACGAACUGAAACUUUGGCGAAUUGACUUCUUCAAUUUAUGUGACAAAAUCAUAAACGUCAAUGGCUUUAUUUCGAAUCAAAAUCAUACAAGGUUUUAAUACUUAAAUUUAACCUAAACGAACGAAACUGCAACUGUAAUGUCAAGGAUUUUCCAAAAUCGCUAAAUGAACGUGUCGCCAAAUUUUCAUGUAAUAAGGUAAGAUAAAAUUGAAAAAGUUGAUGUGACCUAUCAUUGUUCAUAGGUGUCGACAACGCUUACAAACAGGCAAUUAAUACGGAUUCAGAAAUAACCAGAGGCCACAUGAAUCCCUCGGCAAUAAACUCCUUUGAUAAGGACUUCAUGACGGCGACAUUCACCCUUACCAAUGCAGUACCUCAGUUUAAAGCAUCAAACUGCGGCCCCUGGCAGGAGUUUGAGACAAAAAUAGUAGAUUACGCGAAGGACAUCUGUGGUCCGAGGGGUGGAACCCUGUAUCUCCUGACAGGAAGAUCUGAGAAUGGCAUCAAACCCAAUAAUCAAAACCCUGGCAAAGUUGUUCGAGAUGAUAAAAACAUCGUACCCCCAAAAAAUGUUGGUUCAGUGAAUCAGAAUCUUGUAAUCCCUCGUUCCGUUUGGACAGCGGGCUGCUGUUUGUGGACCGAGCCUGGGAAGAUGACUGGAAAUCUAUUGCCGGCGAGAAGAGCCCAGUCCUUCGCGGUGAUGAGCAAUAACCAGAAGGAUAAAGGCAAGCUGUACCAGACACAAAUGAGUGUACGUGAACUUGAAGACCUCCUAAGGGAUAAAAAUUCGGCAGCGGUAAAUUUGUUUCCAGGAGAUGAAAAUUGCCGAAACCCUGCGAACAAUAUAUAA